GCUGCCCCUCGCUGCUGGGCACGUUCCCAUCUCGGAACCCAGGGGCCCCACACCGACCCCCUGCAUCCGGCCCUUCCCUGCUCGGGGGCUGCCGCAAGGUCACCGUCAUCCCUCCCGCCCCGUCUGCUCCUCUCCAGGUUCGUGCUCUGCGCUCUCCCCUGCCCGCUGAAGGGGUGCUCGCUGUCUGCAGGGAGCUGCAUGGUCUGAAGACAGGAGCUGUGGGGCUCUCCGAGGAGCCCCAGCACCACCAGUGAGGCAGCACCAUGUUGGCUCCGAAGAAAGGCCUCCUGUGCAACCUCAACCACAUCCAUCUGCAGCACAUCUCCCUGGGGCUGCACCUCUCCCGGCACCCGGAGCUCCAGGAGACUUCUGGCUCCACGGGUGGAGGGGACCAGACCGGCUGCAGCGACUGCGCGGAGAACUGCGAGCAAGUGGAUGCCAAUUCCAACAAUCCCUCCCUGAAAUGCCGGUGUUGCGAGUCCCAUCCUCAGCAGGCAGUGACGCUGGGUCUCCAGAACCAGACAGCUCAAGAGGAUUUCCCCUGCCUGCACGCUGGGGAGGAGGUGGCUUCCCCUUGUGAUCUGGCUUCCUCCUCCUCCUCUUCAUCCUCCUCCUCUGUCAGUAGCUGCUCGGAUUUCAGCUUGGAUGACUCCCCAGUCUCCGUGUACUGCAAAGGGUUCCCCAGAGAAGAGCCUCGACCCCUCGAGAAUCCGCCCAGCGUCAUUCCCACAGAAGAUGCCCAGGAUGCGCAGUCGCUUGGUGACCAGGGUGGGACGUGUGAUGGAAGAGAUGCCAACCUCAACCCGCCGGUGCCCCAGAGACCGGCCCCGCUGACCAGAGGGAGCCCGGACAGCCUCCGCAGCAGCAGCUCGCUCGACUCCCGGUAUGAUGAGACCUCCCCCAGCGUGAGGGAUGGCACCGGCAUCAGCACCGACCUCGACCCCAACUGCAACCCGCUGCCCGAGGCUGACUCUGCCCCCCCGGCACCGCCUGUACCGGGGCGCAGGGAUCCCGCUCUGAGCCGAGCUCCGGAGCUGCGGCCCCGGGCUGGAAGCAUCCCCCCACCAGUGCCCCCCCGGCCCCGGAGGCGCCUGCAGGUUCUCAAUGGGCACAGAGCAGAGCAGCCACCUCUGCCUGCGCGGCCGCUGGAGCUGGAGCCCGGCUCGGGAGACCUCUGCAGAGACGUGGGCAAGAAAACCAUCACCUCCUUCCACGAGCUGGCCCAGAAGAGGAAGAGGAACGGCGCUGGGCCUGCUCCUGCCCAGGCCAGGGCUGACCGCAGCGACUGGCUCAUCGUCUUCUCACCGGACACGGAGCUGCCUCCCCCCAGCGAGCUCCUCUCCAGCACCACGGGCCAGGAGCCGGCCCGGCCCCAGCUCCAGCCCGAGCCGCCACCGAGGCCCCCCGGCUCCAGGCAGCGCGAGGUGACCACGUUCAAGGAGCUGCGGUACCGCAGCGCCUCCAACAAGGCCAAGGGGCAGGCAGCGGGCGAGCGGGCAGAGCCGGCGGCAUCGCAGCAUCCCCCCGCGCUCCCGGAGGCGGCCUUGGGCAGCGGCAGCGCAGGCUGGGUGCCCCCGGUGCCGCUGGGGGGGCAGCUGCUGGCACCCAUGGACGGCCACCAGGUGAAGAGGAGGAGACCCCGGCCGGGGCUGCUCCCCAUCGCGGAGGGGCAGCCCGGGGACGCUGAGGAAGCGGGGCCGCCGCUGCAGAGCGCCCUUCCCGAGGAGAACGGGGCCGCGAUUCGGAGGCUCAGGGGACCCGGCGGCGCCCCGCGGGUGCCCGGGGCAGGCGAGAGCGGGGCCGGGCCCCGCAAGGACGCCAAACCCCCGCCGUCCGCCGCUGGAGCCGCCGCGGGCCCGCCCGGAGCGGGGAGCACGGAGGGAGCCCGCGGGGAGCAGAUGAGAGCCCUGCUCAUCGCCAUCAGCGCCGCCGUGGAUAAGGUCAUUGCCCACUUCAGCUCCGCACGGAACCUGGUGCAGAAGGCCCAGCUGGGUGACAGCCGGCUCAGCCCUGAUGUGGGGUACCUGCUGCUGCACACGCUGUGCCCUGCGCUCUACGCCUUGGUGGAGGACGGGCUGAAGCCCUUCCAGAAAGACGUUAUCACCGGCCAGAGGAGGAAUUCCCCAUGGAGCGUGGUGGAAGCCUCCGUGAGGACAGGCCCCGGUGCCCGCUCCUUCCACUCGCUGUACGGGCGCGUGGCCGGGCUGGCCCCGCUCCACAGCACCCGGCAGAAGUUCCAUGCCUUUAUUCUGGGCCUUUUGAACAUUAAACAGCUGGAGCAGUGGAUUUCCCACCUGCAGAAGAGCCCAGGUGUCAUCUCCGUGCUGUACUCACCCACAGCCUUCUUCGCACUGAGCCAGGGGCCUCUGCCCUACCUCGCUGAUGAGCUGCUGCUGCUCAUCCAGCCCCUCUCCGUGCUGACUUUCCACCUGGACCUGCUCUUUGAACACCACCACCUCUCCAUGGAUGUACGGCCCUUGUGCCGCCGGCCGCAGUCACCGCCGUGUCCUGCCCAUGGCUCUGCUCCGGGUCCCGGGCAGCGCUCCCUGGGGGGGCUCUGCAGCACCACGGGGGCCAGCCUGGAGGACCAGACCCCCCCGGCUGCCGUGGGGAGGGCAGCGGGCGCAGGGGGCAGCCCAAGGCCCCAGCCCCGCGCUCCUGCGCUGGUCCCUGGUGCCCAGGUCGGGGCCGCUCUGCAGCAGACCCUGCAGCACGUCCUGCGCUGGGGGGACCGCCUCAGCCGCACGCUGCUGGGGGCCGACAGCCUUGGGGAUGCUGGGGCUGGUCCCGGGGGGUGGUGGGGGCAGCUGGGCCGGGCCUCCAGGACCUGCUCCGAGCCCAGCGAGGAGAAGCUCCCCUCGGUCUGGUGGACGAAGCUGCGGGCGGCUGUGGCGGAUCCCAGCCCUGGCCCGGCUCUGCCGGCCCUGGGGGAGCCCGGCGGCACGGAGCUGCAGCUGCUCCAGACCAAAGCUGUCCCGGAGCUCCCCCCUCCGCAGCCCAGCAGCAGCGCGGGCACCUCCGGAUCCUCCUCCCCCGAAGCCCUCAUCCUGCCCGCGGGAGCCGGAGCAUCCCCUGCGCCGUCUGAUCCCGCCGCUGGAGAGAGCCCUCGGGCAUCGCCGGGGGCGGAUGGGAGCCGGGCAGCGCCUCCCGGGCCCCGCGGCGCUGACGGGGGCCGUUGGCUGGGCCGGCUCUUCGGGGCCCCCAGCCCCUCUGCCAGGACCUUCCCUCCCAGCCCCGAUGCAGCCUCAGCGAGGUCCAGGAGACCUUCGAGGUGGCUCUCGCCCGGCGCCCGUGUCCUGGCUGCGGUGGUGAAGGGGCUGGCGGCUGAGAAGAGCCGCGCUCAGGAGCAGGCAGAGGGGACGGUGUCGGACUCACCCCAGCCCUGCAGGGCGGUCCGGGCGCUGUGCGACCACACGGGCACGGCCGACGGGCACCUGAGCUUCCAGAAAGGGGACAUCCUGCAGCUGCUCUGCACCGUGGAUGAAGACUGGAUCCGCUGCUGCCAUGGCAACAGCACCGGCCUGGUCCCCGUGGGUUACACAUCCCUGAUCCUGUGAGGGACCGGCUCCUGCCACGCUCUCACCGCCCUCAGAGCAUCCCUCGCUGGCUCUGCUCGCUCGCAUGCC